AUGAGAAAAAUACUGAAAUUAUCUGAGAUCGCAAAAGAAAGACAGAAAGAUUUGAAAGUUUUGAGAGAUUCGCAACGCGCAAUCUUCUUGUCAAAAAAGAGAGUCAUAUCGAUGGACACAAAACUUUUGAAAAGUUAUGAAGAAAUAGCAGAUCUUUUGAGUUCAGAUUUGAUUGGUGAGCAGUUGACAGGGCUUCAAUCUUUGUGGAACGUAGCCGAAGUUGAGACGAGAAAAAACGAAAUAUCAGAGGAGUUUCUCUCUUCGGGGUUACUCUCGAAGGCCAUCAUGAAACUCAACGAUGUACCUUAUAAUGUUCAAAGUACUAUUUUGAACAUCAUGAUCAACAUCUCAGCAGUCGACAACGGAACACACUUUCUCGUUGCACUUGGGUGUAUUAAUAGCCUUGAUAUCUGUAUCAGGAAAAAAACUCCAGCGCAGAAACAAGCGAUGUUCUGUUUGACUAAUAUAGUCACGUCCAACAAAACACCGAAGAACGAAGAGAAUAAAGAAAUUGUGGAUAACGUGAUAGAAAACGCUUUUUCGAUGAUGAAAGAAAGCCCGUCAGAGGCCGUGUAUUGGCUCUGCAGAUGUGGCGAUUUUUAUCAAAGCAUUGAGAACGGAAAUGAAUUUUUUCAGAUCAAAAUUUCAGACUACUCAAAAGAGAUUUUCGAACAUUUGCUCGACUUUAUUGAAGAAAGAAAUGCGGGGGAUAUCGCCAAUAUUCUUUCAUUGUAUUUGUAUCUACCAAAUUACAUCUCCCAACUCUUUUUACAAAACGUUCUUCCUCUCUUUUUUGAGGAGUACAACAAGGUUCCCAAACUCGUUCUUUCGUUACUUGAAUUAUUAGAACUCUAUUCUGCUGGCAUUCUCAACGGACUGUACAUCACUACAUGUGCGGACUGGAUGUGCAAUUCGUUGUCUUAUUACAACAAAAACGGAUGUUCAAAAUUUAAGGAUCUUUUGUUUUUAAUUGUAAAAUCUUCGGAACAUCACCCCGAGUUUUUUGAAUUUAUGAACUUCUCAGUAUUUGCAAUGUGUGAUCUUUUGAUCGAAGACCAGAACGUUGACAUUGAUAGGAGAACAAUGUUAGCAAAAUUUGUGUUAAAGUGUCUCUAUUCACAAAGACUUUUGUCUAUCAUGUCAGAACUACCAUCAUUCUUUGUGAUGCUCCAGGCUAUUAUUUCCCUUUCGGAUUUUUUGUUUUCACAGUUUGUCGAGAUCUUGUCCGAAUUUGCAAGGUCAAAUCGUUUGGUUUUCACAAAGGAUUUUUUCGAGAACAUUGCCAAAAUCUCGCAAAAGUACCAUCUGACAACCAAAACUCAACUUGAGCUCCAAACUUUGUUUCAAAUGUUUUCAUUCUAA